AUGACUAAUAAAAGACCUCAAUUGAAUAUAAAGCUUAUUUCUCUUGGUGCUAUUAUUCCCCGUUUGCAUUAUGGUAUUGAUAUUUGCAACUGGUGGACUACAUGGGGUGAGAAAGACUUGGAAAAGGGAGUUUAUCUUUAUCCGAUACGUGUUGGGUGGCAGACUGUUUUGGAAAUAAACAAUAAAAACUUUUAUACUCAAGUUUUAGAAGGCAAUGAAAAACAUGAACAUUAUUCUGGCUAUAGGUGUCAAGUUGGACUAAAAUUUAGUGAUAUUGAAGAGGCACCUAGUCCCGCAAUUACAUCUUUAUACAGACGUGUCUGUCAAAAUAAUAAUACAAAUUUUUCUGGCCCACAAGUUUUAGGUUGGGAUGAUCCUUAUAUGUUAGAACAAUCACUAACUGAUAUUGAAUUUCGUCCAUUUUUAAUAAAAAUUGACAAAUAUAAUAUAUAUAUAACUGCUUUGGGAUGUCCUAGUACCGGUAAUGCUGAUGAAGUCGAGGCUAGAGUUGGAUACACAGCAAUGUUUACUGGUGAACAUUUAGGAAAACGUGCAAUAUAUAUUCAACAAAUUGAUCUAGAUGGAUGUCAUAUAGAAAUUUAUCAAGAUGGUGUUUCUAAAUAUCAUUAUACUGGUACAACCCCAAAUGAAGUUUGGAAAGCAUCUAAAAAACUAAAAAAAUUUUGCGAAACUGAACUUUUUGGAUUAGAACAUCCAUUAACACAUCAAGUUCUGUCAGCACAACAGAUUCCUAAAU